CGCGCAUGGGGAAGAGCGAGGCAGCAGAAGAAGGAGGAGGAGGGGGGAGGUGUCGGGAGCGCGCUUUCCGUGUCUGGUUAGUGGACUGACAGCCAGCUGUGCGGCUACAACGACAACAACAGCCUCCUGGAUUUGAUUCGUACGAACCCCCCCGGUCCCGCCGCCCGUCACAACCGAGAACACCGCGGCCAGCUCGCAUCCCUGGACUUGAAUACCCGACGGCAGACAGCCACCACCCGGCAUCCUCGGCGGUUUCCGUGCUAACUCGCUGCGAAGAGCAUUCCUCCAACAUGAAUCCGCUGUGUGGCAGAUGUAACCGAGUCGUUUACCCCACGGAAAAAGUGAACUGUCUGGACAAGUACUGGCAUAAAGGAUGCUUCAGCUGCGAGACCUGCAAAAUGACUCUAAACAUGAAGAAUUACAAAGGCUUCGAUAAGAAGCCAUACUGCAAUGCACACUACCCCAAGACAAAUUUUACCUCUGUGGCUGACACUCCAGAGAACCUCCGCCUCCAACAGCAGACAAAGAUGCAGAGCCAUGUUCGCUACAGGGAGGAUUUUGAGAAGAAUAGAGGAAAAUGUUUCAGCUCGGUCGCAGACACACCGGAGAUCCAGAGAGUGAAGAAAUUGCAGGAGAAUAUCAGCAACAUUAAGUACCAUGAGGACUUUGAGAAGGCUAAGGUGGGAAAAGAUGUCCCACAACCCCAAAGUGGCCACAGCCCAGCUUUCCAGUCCUCUGCAGGAUCUCAGAACAACUAUGAUGCUGCUCCUGAAUCAGUGGGCCAGGCAGCUGGCGGCCCAGCUUCCGGUUCUGGGAAACGAUACAGGGCCGUGUACGACUAUGCUGCUGCUGAUGAGGAUGAGGUGUCCUUCGUGGACGGAGAUGUGAUCAUGGACGUACAUCAGAUCGACGAGGGCUGGAUGUACGGGCGCGUGGAACGCACCGGCCAGCAGGGCAUGCUGCCUGCCAACUACGUGGAGGCCAUCUGAGUGAGAGGGAAAGUAAACGAGGGAGAGAAAAAAAGGAGGAGGAGUAGGUAAAGAAAAGGAGGGAAAGAAAGAAAGGAAAAGCCCAGUGCCAUCUCAUCUUAACGCCGCUUUCUCUUGAUUUUACUCUUGUUCCCUAAUCUGUCAUGUGAGAACUCAAACCCAUCCCACCCCACCCUGCUUUCCUUCUCUGCUCUUACCGUUCAGCUUGCCAACCACAGACACCCUCUAUCUAUCUGUCUGUCUCUUUUUGUCCUUCUGUCCGUCUGUGCUGAUGUCUGUCUCCACUUGGACGACCGCCAUCCUCUUCCAUGUUUUUGACUUUUGUACAUUCCCUUAACCUCUAACCCUGUUGCACCAAUCAGCCGGUUAUCAGUCUUAACAGAGAGGUUUUUAAUAUAUUUAUAGAUUGACACACAUUUUGCCAUUGUGUGCUCAAAGAGGCCACCUUCGCGUUCAGCUUUGCAUUGUGGGUAGCUGUGUGAAACUGGAAUCGCAGCCUAACUGAAGAGCACCUCCUGUUGUUGCCUUUUCACGAGCGUGACGGUUAUACGGGAGGGAUCAGGGACAAAGUUAGGGGACGUCAUCAGUCCAUUUUCUGCAGCCGAACUGAAUACAUCACCUCAGUGGCUGUGCAUUUAUCGUCUAUACAUGUUUAUUUCUGUUACUUGCAGCCUUCAGUCCUCACAUAGUUUUGGUGAUAAAUGUUUGAAGAAAAAAACGAGAUGGGAACAGGUUGAGUCUUUUUUCCCUUUUUUGCUAUGAAAUCACCAUCAAAGGAAAAACAUCUAUGAAACAGAAGGCCAAGCACAACUCUCUGUAUCUUUUAUUUUAAAUUUAAUCCACAGUUUUUUUUCUGAGCGAACAUUCCAGUUUGUUUUUCCAUUUAAUGUCGAGAGAAACUGGUGAAACCUUGGCUGUGCUAAAUGUUAUUUUUUCUCAUGCUGUUCUUCCUUUUAUCUUUUCUUGUUAUUGUGAGAAGCUUAUUUUCAAAAAGAAUAUUGGUGUGUUAAAUAAAUGCAACCAGCAGCCCAAUUUAUGAAUCGAAAGAGGAGUUUAUCUUGACGUGUGCACCCCCGCACAUUUGAUCAGUCGUGGAAUUAACCAAGCUGACCUGCAGUUUUGUGCUCACAGCUCGUUGGAGAAAUCGGCCGAAUACGCUCACAUUUAAACCUGUUCCUGAGUAAAGUUACAGACUGGCAUUUAAAACACAUGAAAGAGAAUUUUAUUUUAUGCGCUGGUCAUUAAAACAUCCAUAAAGGUAGAUUUUUUAAAAGUCCAUCUGGCAGGUGAAUCCCAAACUAUUUUUGAUAUUCGACCGAUGAAAUCUGCCAUAAAUUUACCCGUUUUUGGUCGUCUCAAAUCAGAAAAUUUAGCGUUCACGUUUCUGGCUAUUACACAAACGCUACAUCCUUCCUCCACUCUAGAUACUGUAUUUCUGUGAGGACCUUAUCAGACUUUCAAAAAGAUAUUUGACCAUCUCUCAGUUGUGUAAAUAAUGCGAUUGGCCCAUGCUCGUACAGACCUCCUCCCCUUUUCCUUGCUUAUUCAUCCUCCCGUGUGAUGCACUGUGACUGUCACAGACAUGGAGCGAUCAGGGCGGUGCGCUUUCCGAUGGGGUGGGAGGGGCCUGGAGAUAUUUCAGCUUUAUUAAAACAAACAAGGCUCUCACUAUUGUAGCUAGAUGACAUUGUACAAUUGUAUAUGUAUCAUAAAGUUAAGUUAGGGGAAAUGUUUUUACUGGUCAUGGUGCUCGGGGGAAGUGGUUUGCCUGCAGAUUAAAAAAAAAAGAAAAUAGCAGUUCAUAUUAUUUUGGUGAAUUUGGCUGGGGGAGGUGAUGUGUUUUUCAAAACUCAUGGAGAAAGUCCAGUGUGGUGCAAGUUGUCAGUUGGUGUUGAACAUUCAUUCAAAAAAUUGCAUCUUUCUAAUGUGAUGAAUUGUGACAGUGCUGAUAAAAAUGAUUACUCCACCUCAAAGUGGUUAAUGGGUUGCCAAACAAAAUGGAUGGACACACUGUACAGUAUGUAUGCCUGUGUUGUGCAUUAUCCCCUAUUGACACCCGGAUGAAUUUACGUACUUGCAAAGCAGAUGCUAGAACAGAAAGCUGUUUUAGAGCUCAAUGUUGUUUCUCUUGGGUAAACUGGAGCGUUUGAGGUUUUUGCUUGUAGUGACAUGAUUCUUGCUCCUGGCUAAUGCUGAUGUUUGCUCAAAUUUAACUAAAUAACAAAGCUGGUCACACUGGUAGCCUCCUGCGGAUUGAUGAUGUCAGUGGGUGGCCUAGAUGAAAUGGAAAAGUGCACAGCAAGUGUUUUGGAAGUGAGGCUCAGGGUUGAGUUGUUAAGGCAAAGUCAAAUUUGUGCGUGGGAUGAUGCAAGCGUGUGUGGCUGGGAGGGCAGCGAUCUCGCUCUCAGUCUGCCAGCCUGUGAGGCAGGGCAAGUUUUUGUUGUCUGACCCGGAUAUUAGUCAGAAGUUAACUUCUUGCCACCAAAUACCGCUUUUCUGCUUUUGCAGCACUCAUCUACUGAACCGUAACGACAUAUCAUAUCCCGUUUCCAUUCAGUUUCUGUCUAGUAUCCUGUCCACCCGUCUGCCGUGAUCCCUCUUUUUUUCCUGCAGCCUCCAUCGUAGGCUCCUGUGCUUCUGCUGAAUCAUCCUCUGCUUCUAUGAUACUGGUUAUAUACUGUAGACUCUGCAGAUUGAAAUCAUAUCAUCCACAAUGGCAGGUUUAGCCUUCAGACCAAUUUUGUGCAUUCCAUCUUAAAUUGUUUUUGUUUUUGAUAUAAUUUUGUUAUUUUUUUGAAUAAAAAAAAUAAAGAUAUCAUAUGCAUAUUGACAUACACAUGUAUUCAAAACUCAUACUGAAUACAUCCUCAGAAUUAAGGACCUGAUAUCAUCUCCUGUUGCCCUGUUACAGCACUUCAAAUUGUACUUAUGAUUCUGCAGAUUCAAUAAAAUGUCAUUUUUCUCAGAC